GGGAGACACUCGGGGGGAGCCGGUGACGUCGGGAGUUUUCCUGAAAGUCAAUAACGAGCCCGGCGGAGGCGGCGGGAGGAGCCGAGAGCGGGGCCCGGGCGGCUCCGGGGGUGACUCAUCAAUAGAAACUCGGAAGAGCAGCAGAAGAGAAGCCAUACAGACAAGCUGAUAACUCAAAGAAAUACUCUUUUGAGUUGGGGGUUCGGAGUGGAGCCAUCAUGAGCGAUGUUACCAUUGUGAAGGAAGGCUGGGUUCAGAAGAGGGGAGAAUAUAUAAAAAACUGGCGGCCAAGAUAUUUCCUGCUGAAGACAGAUGGUUCUUUCAUAGGCUAUAAGGAGAAGCCCCAGGAUGUGGAUCUGCCAUAUCCACUCAACAACUUUUCAGUGGCAAAAUGUCAGCUAAUGAAAACAGAGCGACCAAAGCCAAACACAUUCAUUAUCAGAUGUCUUCAGUGGACCACUGUCAUAGAGAGGACAUUCCACGUAGACACUCCAGAGGAACGGGAAGAAUGGACAGAAGCAAUCCAGGCUGUAGCAGACAGACUUCAGAGACAAGAAGAGGAAAGAAUGAACUGUAGUCCAACUUCACAGAUAGACAAUAUAGGUGAAGAAGAGAUGGAUGCUUCAACAACUCAUCAUAAAAGAAAGACAAUGAAUGACUUUGACUAUUUAAAACUACUGGGCAAAGGCACGUUUGGCAAAGUUAUCCUGGUCCGAGAGAAGGCUAGUGGGAAAUACUAUGCUAUGAAGAUUUUGAAAAAAGAAGUCAUUAUUGCAAAGGAUGAAGUGGCUCAUACACUUACGGAAAGCAGAGUAUUGAAAAACACCAGACAUCCUUUUUUAACAUCCUUGAAAUAUUCCUUCCAGACAAAGGAUCGUUUGUGUUUUGUGAUGGAGUAUGUUAAUGGAGGAGAGCUGUUUUUCCAUUUGUCGAGAGAGCGGGUGUUCUCAGAGGACCGCACACGCUUCUAUGGUGCAGAAAUUGUCUCAGCUCUGGACUAUCUGCAUUCUGGGAAGAUUGUGUACCGUGAUCUCAAGUUAGAAAAUCUAAUGUUGGAUAAAGAUGGACAUAUAAAGAUUACAGACUUUGGACUUUGCAAAGAAGGAAUCACAGAUGCAGCAACAAUGAAAACAUUCUGUGGUACUCCAGAAUACCUGGCACCUGAGGUAUUGGAAGAUAAUGACUAUGGUCGUGCAGUGGACUGGUGGGGAUUAGGAGUUGUCAUGUAUGAAAUGAUGUGUGGAAGAUUCCCUUUCUACAACCAGGACCAUGAGAAACUAUUUGAACUGAUACUAAUGGAGGACAUAAAAUUUCCUCGAACUCUGUCUGCAGAUGCAAAAUCAUUACUUUCAGGCCUACUGAUAAAAGAUCCAAAUAAGCGACUUGGUGGAGGCCCAGAUGAUGCAAAAGAAAUCAUGCGUCAUAGUUUCUUUGCUGGAGUAAACUGGCAAGAUGUAUAUGAUAAAAAGCUUGUACCUCCUUUUAAACCUCAAGUGACGUCUGAGACAGACACCAGGUAUUUUGAUGAAGAAUUUACAGCUCAGACUAUUACAAUAACGCCGCCUGAAAAAUAUGACGAGGAUGGUAUGGACUGCAUGGACAAUGAGAGGCGGCCACAUUUCCCCCAGUUUUCCUACUCUGCAAGUGGACGGGAGUAACUUCUUUGUUCUGCUGCUUCACUGUCAUCUUAGGUUUAUCACUGAAAAUGAUUCCUGAACAUCACCACCAGUACUAGAUACCGUUUAAGAUAGCAGGGGCACUUUCAGAGACCAUUCCAAAUUGAACAGAUCUCUUUUCCAAACCCACCUAAAAUCCGUUUUGGUUUUGCAUGAAAUACGGUAUUUCUCUACGCUCUCCCGCUGUUGCUGCUGCCCACCGUCUCAGUAUAAUAGAAACGUCAAGAAGUUACUAACAGUUUCUCUGAAGGUAGAUGACCGUACAUCAGCGCUGUACACUUUGUGCACAGAUAGUCAUCUGUUUGCCCUCACAGUGGAGGCUAAACAAAAAAACACAUUGGUUCAGCUUAUCUUCUUCUAGAAGAUGAAUCAAAAUUAUACUUAGUCUAAAAAGACUAGUCUAUAAUAUUUUCUUGCAUCUGUUUGUGCUGUUUAGAACAAGGAAACACGGGGGUGGUGAUGUACAUAUGCAAGGUUUUUGUUAGGCAUAUCAUUACUUGAAGCAGGUCUCUGUCAAUAACAUCUGGCUGGAAUUUGCUUGGGAAACGUUUGAAAGAAGGACUUAAACUGUUGAUAUAUAUAAAUAUAUAUAUAUAUAAUUUUUUAAUUACCAUUGGAUACUACAGAAGAAGCAGAAGGGCUGGCUCACCCAGCCUGCCACUUAGAACUUCCAGGUUCACGUGCAAUCAUGGAGAAUCGAACAUUAUACAUGCAAGAAACAAAGGCAUAAAAGCAGCAGUUGAAGUUCUUUAAGGGGUCUUAUAAUUUGCACCAGAUAACAUCUAUCUCAUGCUUUUCUUUUUCCUUCAUGAUAUACAUCACCUCUGAUGGCUGAAGAAUGUAGACAGGCAUAAUGGUAUUGCUUUUCACCCAAACGUGUGCACCAAGGUAAACAGGUGUUUGCCUUACUUUGAGUUUGUGAAUUAGCUUUUCCUCCAGGUGUUUAACUCUGAAUAUCCCUUUUUAUUUGUUUUUGUUUUGUUUUCUUUUGGUUAUGCUGCGGUAGUAUUUAUUUUUAGAGAUAAGGAUUGUAUGUGUCAUGUUUGCAAAUGCUGCUACAUCUUAGGUAGAACAGGCUUAAAGCAGUUAAUUUUGUAAUAUAUGGAAGGACUGUACAAGCUGAAGGGGAUAACGCACUUUUGUCCGAUGUGGAGAUAUUAACAAGGCUCUGAAACUGUACAUACUGAUUAGGAUCAGAUUUUUGUCAAUGAAAUACUGUCUUUUAAUUCUUUGGCAGUGGAGACAAGGAGCUCCAGCUUCACGUGCCAAAGGAUUAAAACCAAAUAAAUAAAACACUACAUCUCGUGCUGUAUUCAGGAUUAAGAUACUGCAAAAAGCCUUACAGCACGAUAGAAAAAUUCUGUUCUAUGUGAAGGAAACAUCUGAACAAUGAGACUACCGUGAUUACAAGAAAAGCACUUUAUUCCAAUAAUUCACAUAGUAAGUUUCUGGGAUCUGCCAUUGUCAAGGAAAGUUUGCCCUCGUGAAACCCAGCGUGUCACCCGUGGUACCAGAUUGAAUAUAAAACAUCACGAGAAACACUACUGCCGCUAGGAAGAUGUCUUUCCACGUCCGAAGAUCUGUAUCUAGCAGAGCAUGUGCAUAAAUUUUAGCUUUCUUCUUCAGCAAUGAUAAUCUUAAUAAACCCGUUGGUGCUAGGAGCUGGGAUGUUACGCAGUGCAGCGAUGUGCACGCGCCCUUGCUAAUGACAUCUGAGAACCCCGACUCCAUGGGAUUAUCAUUGGAAGUAUCUCUGUGUUCCUAUCUUGUUAGCUCCCACAAAGACUGUGAUAUCAACACUGCGGACUGCGCUGUGUGAGUGAGGGGAGGAGUCUGAAAGUAGACCAUACCGGAUACCUCCUUCGCCCCUUGAUGUGAAGUUGAGCAUCCCAGUGUGAAGCCCACUGCUGGCAGUGCACGUGCUGGGACUGUCAAGGGGCAGACGGACAUUUCAGCAAGGCAGCUAAAGACGCAGAGUAGUUUAGACAAUUUUUAGUGUUUCGUGUUUUAUCUUUAGCGACGGAUGGAUAAUCAGUCAGAAACCUAUCACAAUGUAUGUGCUAACUGUAUAGGAUCUGAUGCUGUCACCUUCUAACACGAAAUGUGUAGAGAUUAUCCCUCUUUAGGGAGUGAGCGCAGUAAAUGCAUGGCAUGUCUGUAGAAGUGUCUGUGCUGACAGCAAGUGAGUGACUGAUGUAACUGAUGAUGCAGUAGAUGGGCAUUAUAAUUUUCUGCAGAGGCCUCAUACUUAGAGGCAGAAACUAUGGUGGUUCAAAAACUGUGUUCUUCGCCUGUGGCGUUACUUUUUUCCUAUGUUUUCAGCUUGUAACAGCAAUAAGGCUUUUGACACAGGGCACCUAUAACCUAUGGCUGAGUGGGUUUGUUCCUCUGGCCAACCCUUCCUCAUGCUGAGAAGAAAGGGGCCCUGUAGGUGAGUUUGGUUCAUCAUUGCAUAGCUCCUUAGAAUGCAGUUUGCAGUAAAUAUCUGUUGGUGAAUUCUUUGAACACCUCUUAAGGCUUCAUUCAACUUGCAUUGUAUUGCUGCCUUCCAAAGCCUCAUACAUCAAUUAUAUACUACGAAGAGUUAGCAGUCAUUUAAUGCUGCCCCGGGCUGGGGGAUUCUCUCUGAGCAGUGUUAGAAGUGGAUGAAAGAUGAAUUACAAAGCUGUGCCGAGAGAAACUUUUGAAGCUCUUCUUUUCCUGCUUGCAGUUGUAGUUGGGCUUGGGCAGCACGUGGUGGUGGCUGGGUACCUGACGAGCCUUCUGAGCACAGUACAGUUCAGAUGCUGACUCCAGCUUGUACUGACUUCCAUGACAGACACUAUGCCCUCUUGUACUGCAGCCAUCUUGGAGGAAUAGGUCGUUUCUGUUUGGGUUUUGGCAGUUUUGCACACAGCUUUGCUUUCCACACGAAUCCAUCUUCCAGUACAUUCCUGUUGCUUAAAGAACAUUUAUUCCAGUAUUGUUUUCUGUUUCGUUCCCAUCUAUCCUCGCGGCUUCUUAAAGCUGACUGUUCUUGCAGGGGCCAUGUGCUUCUCCUAGAGUACAAAAGUAAGGUCUCUCCUUACUAACUGCAGGGUCUAUAUAUUACACCUCAACGUACACACUUUGCUGCUACUGUUUGUACUGUCUACAGUAGAAUUUCCUUAUCUUGCUCCUGGUAGUGCAUUACAGGCAAGCAUGAAAUGUAAAGUAUUUAUUUAAAUAAAAACCUCUAAAUUGGUAAUUGAAUUACCUCCCUGUAGCUUUAGAGUUUGUGACAUUUCUUGACCUUGCUAGUUCUUUCAUUAGAUCCAUGCAAGAUCUAGUCAUAUGGUUAAGGAUAUUAAGCAGACACGACUAUGAACCCAAGAAACCGUAUUACUGUUGGUCAUACUUAAACUGUUUAUUUCCUUAAGUAUAUGACCCACAAGGAUGUGAAAUAACUACAAGAAACUGUUUUUGUACACUGUACAUCCUUAGUAUUUUUACACAUAUAUGAUAGGGAUGCACAUUAUUUUCCUUCGUACAGACAGCUUAAAUAAAGCACUAUGUCAAUCUGCUA